GGUAAACAUUUUAAUCAUCAUCACAUUAGAAUUGGUUUUUAAUUGUUGUUUCCCUUGAUUAAUUUAUCUUUGUUAUUUUUUGUUCUUCAUUCUCUAAUUUCAACUGUUUAUCUACCUGCUCUGUUGUAGUAUUAAUUGAUUCUAUUGAUUGUUCGGCCUAUUUUCUUAUUCCCUAGCAAAGGUCUCACUCUGUUUGGCUUUUUUUGUGUCUCUAUAAAUUAAACACUCAACAUGACGAAAGGUGCAAGUAAAAUUGAGGUUAAAUCUAUUCCGUUUACGGAGGAAUCGUUUAAGAUGUUCAAAAAAGCCAUGAGGAAUUCAUGUACACCUAAAGCCCUGGAGGUAUUUGAUUUUGACUAUGCCUUUAAAUUAACCAAAAAGGCUAAAGUAUCACCUUACGCCUUCAUGUUAUCGUUAAUAUACAUUGAAAGAGCCCGACAACAGUCACCCGAUUAUUUUAGGAAAGUCUCACCUUGUGACCUUUUCCUGGUUUCAUUGAUGGCGGCAUCCAAGGUAUUAAUUGAUGAAGGAGAAGAUGAAGAAAUAAGAAAUGACCGAUGGGCCACCAUUGCACAAUUAAAAUUACGUUAUAUCAAUCAAUUGGAACGUGAAUUUCUAUCAGCUAUUGAUUGGAAUCUAUUUGUUCAUCAACAAGUUUUCUUUGAAACUUUGGUUAACAUUAUGAUCACCGUUAUUAGAAAUGAAUGUAGAAAACGCUGUUGGAACGGGUUAACGUAUAAUGAGAUGCAAGUACUACUUGAAUACGAUGAGAAAUUUAAACAAGUCUGUCUUAUGGUUUACCAAUAUAUGGUUAAAGUGAUGCUGGUCUUUUCCUUAACAUAUUCAGCUAUAAUUCUGAGUGUUUUAUCUGCUGAUCAGAAUACUUUAACAAAGUGAUCAGUUCCUGUAUCUUUCGUUCUCGUCCCGUUGUAAUUUUGUCUCAUGGAUAAACCAAAUUAACCAUUUUGCUGUUUAACAUUAUUAACAAGCUAUUUCCAGUAAA